UCAAGCAUUGAGAAAUUGUGGCAAACUGUUACUUAAUAAAGUUGCAUCAAUGGCAUUUUACGCUGUUGUGAAUUAAUUUGUAAUUAAAUUUUAAUUUUUAAACUUUAACAACCAUCCCUCUCCCCGACGACAGUCUGAGAGUAAGCCAGUCUCUUUGCAACCUUGGUGUCUCAUUUCAUGCUGUGAUGAGCUUCAAAACUUCAUACGUGUGUCAUCUCCGAGACCGUCCAUUCCGGCCUCUGGAAUGAUAUCCGACUUCCUCCGAGCCUCAGCCCAUCUGACGAAAUCCUUAAUCUUGCCUUUGUUACCUCUAGACUUCACUAUUCCUGUGCACUCGUAGCUGGUCUCCAAUGUAUUGUCCUCCCUAAACUUGUGGUCACUCAAGUUUUGAUGCUGCUUUAAUUCACAGUAAAACCACUCCCUGUUUGCUGACCCAUCUUGAUUUUUAACAUUCUCAUCCUUGUUUUCCAACACCUCCCCCCAACCCCCGCUAACCACUGAGCCACCGGGCUGCCCUUGCUGAUAUGUUUCUGAACUCCAAUCUCCCUGUAACCCUUGAUCCCCUUACUGGUCACUGUGCUAUACAGACAUCAUUUGUUGCUCUGUUAUUCAAGUGAAAGGCUACUCUGUACAUUAUCUGUACCACAAUAAUUGUGAUUUUUGUGGAUACCAUUUGGCCAAUCGUGCUUAACAAAUCUAUUGGGGAUUUUGAGGACGUAACCAGUAGAACCAGUGAUGCGGUGCAUUCGUAAUUUCAGAACGUUUUUGAUAAGGUCCCUCCAAAAAAAGGGAGAGCAACAUUGAAUGCAGUGUUCCAAAAGUGGCCUAACCAAUGUCCUCUUGCUGACUGGAAUCAAACGUUCUUGGAUCACUUUGCAUUAAUAUAAUUUCUGGAUUAAAAACAGAUAUGAAGACACUUGGUAGGUUGUAAACAAGAUUUGCAAGCAUAACAUGCGAUUAUAACUGUUGUAAAGAACGAACAGGCAGGAACUUCAGAAAAAUGAAAGGAAGCCUAAGAGAUUUCUCCACAUAAUCUCCACGUGAGUGAAGGAAGCUGAUUUAACCGCUUUUACGUAUUCAAACUGCCCGUUUUAAAACAUUUCAGCUUCUCGGAUCAUAACUGACCAGACUGAACUGAGAAAGAUUGAAUCACUUGGAGGAAAUAACAGCCGGACCAGAGAGCUGAUGUGGGCAUGGGGAAUGAGACAGGCGACAGUUCAACAGCUUCUACACAUCCUGAAUGAGAUGCAGCUGUACCGUGCAGUCGACGUUAUUCUGUCACGGAAGCCUGCAGAUUCUUUCAUUACACAGCUUGCUAGCUUGCAUGUUCCCUUGCCAGAAACGUCUGAAAUGUUCUGCUCACCUCUACCUUCCACUCAUCCAGUAUUGAAUUGUGAAGACAACAUAGAUUUGUUGAACAAUGUGCACCAACAGGAUUCACUUCCUAGACCAUCUGUUCCUUCAAGUCUCUGGAGCUCUACUUUAGAGUCACCCCGUGACAAACACGGUGUGCCCGAGAUGGGUGAAUUCAGCAACAUACAUCUCCAGGAAUCCAAUAACCAUCCUGCUACAUUCAACUGCAUCUGGUCCUUACAGGACCUGAAGGAAGCCACUGAUAAUUUCAACGAAAAGUAUAAGAUUGGCUCAGGAACAUUUGGCCAUGUCUAUAAGGGUCACCGCUUCAAUACCGAGUACGCCAUAAAACUGCUAAAGAAGGCACGUCUCUUCACCUUCUAAUAAUAUAGA